UUCACCAUCUUACAUACUGAACAUAAGGAUUUCUUAAGUUGAACCAGUUACCUUGACCUGCCAUUUCCUACUGGUACAAUGACGUUUUAUUAUAUCGGCCGCAGUGUAUAGAUACCCUAAAAUCUGAGUAGCUGUCACUGUCAAAAAACAUCAAAUAGGUUUUCAUUAAUCUUUUCAGCACUUACAUAGUUCUGAAAAAUGUCCAAAUUACCAAAAGCUCUCAAAACAUCCAGGUUCUGGAUGCGUUCAGGUGCCAACAACAACAAUCCCUACAAAGUUUUCCUGGACACUAAAACAGAAAAUUACUAUUUGGAUGAGGAUACCUUCAAAAAACGUGGAACGGCUUUCGAAAAUGAAUAUAUUAGAAAACUCACCGAAGAAUUGAUCCAGCAGCUGAAGCAUAAGAUGGACAAGGAGAGAAAGAUGAUCAUUAGAGAUCAGUUGGAGAAGGAGAGAAAAAAACUGGAAGAAGAUAUCGAAGAUAUGGAAGAAAAUGAAAAUAAAAAAAAGUGACAGAUUUUUUGUGUAUAUGUACCUAUUUUGCUGUGUUUUAUUAGAAUAUUAGAAUAAUUACUAAUUAAUAAACUUGUAUUCAUUUCUUUUAAGUUCGCAUCCAAGGUCUAUAUAUAGAUAUCGCAACAAUUUACUAUUACUCAUACUCGCGGCACUUUCAUCAUCCCAAGCAAAACAACCCAUAGGUAUCGCAAUUAUUUAUCUACCCGACCAAACAUAUUCUGAUAGAGAUAAAUUUUCCUCCAUUCCACCCACGCCUAGUUGCCACGUUUGGCAAAAAUAAUUAACACGGAUAAAUGUCUUAAUUAUUGCGUCUGUGUUCUGCAACAUGUUAGCUUUGUUCUCGAACCGGUUAUUGAUACGGCAAUAAAAUUAAUUUUUAGACAACGUAGGCAGACAAAUAUUGCUCUGCACAGCUGGUGGUAAAUAGUCUUUUUAAUUUGAUCAAAACAAUACUAAUAACUUUUAGGUUGUUGUGGCGGUGCGGCGUUACCGAUUUCUCGCCUACCAGUGUUUUCGUUAUGCAGACCUUGUUUUUUUUUGCUAAUCAUCGUUUAUAUGGUCAGUGGGAGCAUUAUACAACUUUAUACAUACAUAAAAUUGAAAAUAAUUGUGCUACAUGAGAAUUG